AUGAAGACCACGACCUCGAGGAUCCAGAAGCUAUUUGUCGGCUUCGCGAUCGCUACGCUGGCUUUGGCUCCUGCGGCCUCGGCCGAUGGUUGGACCGCCAAGUGGAAGAACGGCUUCCGGGUGGAGUCGGAAGAUGGCAAGUUCAAGCUCAAAUUCGGCGGCCGGUUGCAGGCCGACUGGAGCUUCGCCGAUGCCGAUCGCGAGAUCGAGGACGCUUUCGGCGCCGUCGACGACGGCAACGAGUUCCGCCGCGCCCGGCUGUUCAUGAGCGGUACGAUCUACGAGAACAUUGCCUUUAAAGCCCAGUUCGAUUUCGCCGACGGCGGCGACGCCGAGAUCAAGGACAUGUGGCUCGAGCUCAAGAACACUUCCGCCGGCGCCGUGCGUUUCGGCCAUUUCAAAGAGCCUUUCAGCAUGGAAGAGUUGACCAGCUCGAAGUACCUCACCUUCCUCGAGCGUUCGCUGCCCAACGUCUUCGCGCCGGGGCGCAACACCGGCGUGCAGCUCAGCGACAAGGGCGACAAGUACACCUGGGCGAUCGGCGCCUUUCGUGAGACCGACGACUUCGGUGGCUCGGUUGGUCCCGAUCUGAUCAACCUGACCGGCCGGAUCGCCUUCACGCCGUACUACGAAAACGAAGGCAAGAACCUCUUCCACGUCGGAAUCGGCGCCACCCGCAAGGAUCUCGACGACACCAGCUUCCGUUACCGGCAGCGUCCCGAGGCCCAUAUCUCGCCGCGUUUCGUCAACACCGGCAGUUUUGUUGCCGACUCGGCGACCAUCUUGGGCCUAGAGCUGGCGACGGUGCAGGACGCCUUCUGGGCGAUGGGCGAGUUCAUGGCCGCGGAUCUGGAUUCGGCUGAGGCCGGCGACCCGAGCUUCGACAGCUUCACCGCCCAGGCGGGCUUCUUCCUGACCGGCGAGUCGCGCACCUACAAGACCUCGUCGCGGGCCUGGGACCGGAUCAAGCCGGCCAGCAACUUCGGCAAGGAGGGCAAGGGCGCGUGGGAGAUCGCCGGGCGCUACUCGAGCAUCAACCUCAACGACGCUAGCAUCGUCGGUGGUGAGAUGACCGACAUCACCCUGGCGCUCAACUGGUACCCCAACCCGGCGACUCGCCUGAUGAUGAACCUGGUCAACUCGGAUGUCGAUGGCAUCGGAGACGCCAACUUCUUCCUCGUCCGCUGGCAGAUCGAUUUCUGA